AAUUAGUUGAGUGUUCCAGCAAUUACAAGCAAUUGCAUUGAACGAAAUUCUGUGUCUCUUCUAACCCAAAACUCAUUACAUGAACACUAUUUCGCGCUCAAAAGUUGCAUCUGUCAAACAAGUAUAUCUAUUGAUUGCUGUCUGUCAAUAUAUUACAUUUGCUAACGAAGAAAGAGGUUUUCAUGAUGUUACUAAACAAACGGAUAAACUUCGAACUGUAGUAUCAAACUCAACCACAUGGGAAAGUAACGAAGAAAUUCAAUUAUUCCGUGAAUAUUUACGAAUUCCAAGCGUGCAUCCGAACGUCGAUUACAAACCAUGUAUUGCUUUCUUAGAGAAACAGGCGGCAAGUCUCAAUCUGCCAGUUUCGAUUUCAUAUCCAGCCAGGAGCGACAAACCUGUGGUUGUAAUGACAUGGGAAGGUUCUCAGCCUGAAUUGCCUUCGAUCAUGUUAAAUUCACACAUGGAUGUCGUUCCGGCAUUCGAAAAAUUUUGGACCCAUCCACCGUUUGCAGCCGAAAUCGAUGGAAAUGGUGACAUCUUUGCACGUGGGGCUCAAGACAUGAAAUCAAAUGCAAUGCAAUAUUUGGCAGCGGUUCGAGCACUCAAACGAGAUGGAAUUGAUCGACUCAAACGAACAGUACACAUCACUUUUGUACCUGAUGAAGAAGUUGGACAUGAUGGAAUGGCUAGUUUUGUUAAGACAAAUGAAUUUAUCGCACUGAAUGUCGCGUUUACUCUUGAUGAAGGCGGUUUAAUUUUGAACUAUGAAGGUGUUUUGUAUGUGUUCAAGGGUGAACGAACAAUGUGGCAAGUCGAAUUUAUAUUCCAUGGCACAUCCGAACAUGGUGCUCGACUAUUUCCAAGCACACCUGGUGAAAAGAUGAGCUAUGUUGUUGGUAAACUCAUGGCACUCCGUGCAGAAGAACUGAAAAAAUUCACUGAGAUGAAUCACCUAUAUGAAAAUGUGACGACGAUCAAUUUAACCAUUUUGAAGGGUGGCAUUUUGAGAAAUAUUGUCCCGGCUGAGAUGAGCGCUACGUUUGAUAUUCGCAUUGCCGUCAGUACUAGUGUUCAUGACUUUGAAGAAAUGGUAAACAAAUGGUGUGCAGAAGCUGGUGGAAAUAUCUCAAUAAACUUUUUAGAUAAAGGUGAAAAUGAACAAGUCACACGCACAGACAGUUCAAACCCAUUUUGGAUGGCCUUUAAAACAGCCACUGAAGAAUCCGGUAUCAAAGUGAAGCCAGUUAUUUUAGGAGGCGCUUCAGAUAACAGAUAUCUUCGACGGCUAAAAAUAUCAGCCAUCGGAUUCUCCCCUCUGAUUAAUACAAUACCAAAGCUACACGAUCACAACGAAUACAUCAAUGUUGAGACAUUUUUGAAAGGCAUCCAAAUUUACAAAAAGAUCAUUUAUAAUUUAGGCAAUGUUUGAACUUGCCACCAUUACUUUGUGUGAACGUACAAUAAUUGGAUUCAAUUCUAAAGUGAAAUCCAACAAUAUUCAGUUCAAUGAUGUCAAAGAAACAAUCAAAACUCAAGUAACAUUGAGAAACCAAAGAAGCGAUAUGAAAAGAUUUGUAUUAUUCCAACAUUGUUUCUUUUUUAUAAUAUAUUAUUGAAAAUCACUUGAAAUUGAAAAAUGAUCAACUUAUCGUAUGAAAAAGGAGUA